AUAAAUGAUUUUUAUAUUUCCAAAAAACUAUUGUACUUAGAAAUUUUUAAUUCUUUUUUCCAACAAGUACUGAAUCAAAGAUAAAGAUAAAAAAAUUUACACAAUGAAAGAUUCGGUCCACCUAACCCUCUUUUACUACACUACAUAUUCCGGUUUAAAAUACUCCAAAAGUCUUGCAUUGCGUAAUUUGAAUUGUUCCUGAAAGUAAUAGCAGAGCUGAAAAGAACAAUUAAGAUUAAUUUCUUAAUCAGGAGAAGUGUGAGUAUAAGUUCUCUAUUAAAAAAAAUGGAUCCAAAAUCAAUUUAGCCCUCAAAGUAAAUAAUUGUCUCUUGCAUGUUUUCUGUAAUGUCGCAUUCAGUAAAUUGUAUUAAUUAUAUUAGUGGAAGGAUUCUUGUCAACUUUUGUCUAGUGAGCUUGGGAGAAAGAGAUCCAAUCUUCAGGAAGAUAUCUGCAUAAACAGAUUUGGAGCAUGAUCGGUCGCCGCAGUCCUCGCAUUCUUGUAGCCUUUCUUCUGGUUUCAGUGCUGGUUUAUGACUGCUUAUGGCUCCCCCAUAUACCUUGGAUAUCCUCUGUGUUUCGCGUGCAGACGGUUCCCAAAGAUGAGCUUCAGCAACAGCUAGAAGGAGCUUCCAUGGCGGAUAAGACUUUGAUGAUAGCAAUGAUCAACAAAACCUCCGUAGACGACAGCACGCUGCAGCUCUUCCUUCAGUCCAUGCGCCAAGGGGAGGACACCUUGUUACUGAUCAACCACCUUCUCCUCGUUGCAACUGACGAUGCGUCUUACAAACACUGCAAGAUUCUGCAGCUUCACUGCUUACUGCUUUCCUCCGAGAAUGCUCUGAUUUCUUCUGGCACAGCCCUCCAUCGCUUAUUCUUAGGAGAAGUGCUCAAGCGUGGCUACAGCUUCAUCUUCACGGAUGUCGAUGUAAUGUGGCUGAGAAAUCCACUACCGAGAUUGAAGCAAAGUGCAGAUGACUUGCAAAUAAGUCGCAAUCUUGAAAAUGGAGGUCCUUCUGUCGAUGAUUCCACAUUCAUCUACAAUGGCUUUUGUUUUGUUUCCUCAAAUGAGAAGACUAUCACCUGGUUCACAAGACAAAAAGGAAAGGAGGAGGAAGACAAUGUGCUUUAUCUGGUGAAGUCUGGAGUCGACCUCCGGCAGCAAUUCGGCGUGACGGUCAGUUACUUAGACACAACAUACUUCAGCAGCCUUUGCCAGGAUGAACUCCAUGCUGCAAAGCUCAUCGCGCUGCACGCAAAUUGUUGCCCCGAUGUCAAAGCUAAGCUUGAAGGUCUCAGAGCCGUACUUGAUGUUUGGAAGACACACAAAAAUGGGAAUUCUAAUGUGUCAUUUCCUGCUCACUCUUCUUGUACUCAAUCAUGGAAGAAUCUUCAGCUAAAGAGAAUUUUGCAAGGUGCUUCCAUGAAAAACAAGACAGUGAUCGUCAGUUACCUGAACAAGGCCUAUGUUGAAGAGAAUGGCAUGCUUGAUCUCUUCCUUCAAAGCCUGAAGGAAGGGGAAGACACAGCGUUCUUGAGAAAACACCUCCUCCUCAUUACAGUUGAUGAGAUCUCGUAUCAACGCUGCAAUGUAUUGAAACUUCAUUGUUAUAAUAUUAAAGUUGGGGAUCUCAAUUUCUCCAAAGAGCAAGUCUACAUGUCAGAAGGCUACGUCAACUUAGUGUGGCAAAAGAUUGCAAUUCUCAGAGAAGUUCUCAAGCAUGGAUACAACUUCAUCUUCACAGACAUGGACAUAAUCUGGCUUCGCAAUCCAUUUCCCAAGUUGACUCUUUAUGGGCAAGACAUGAUGAUAAGUUGUGACGACUUCAAUGGCAGGCCGUUCGACGAAGCUAACAACAUCAACACAGGCUUCUUCUAUGCUGCCUCAAAUCACAAAACCAAGAAGUUGUUUGACAUAUGGUUCAGUGCGAGGAAAAAUCUUCCGAGAAUGAAUGACCAAGAAGUUCUAGUAGCCUUGAAAUCUCAGGGCGUCUUUAAUCUGUUGGACAUGAGAAUUCAGUUCCUAGACACUCUCCACUUCACUGGAUUCUGUCAGUUAAGCAAUAACUUGAAAGAAAUGACCACGAUGCACGCAAAUUGCUGUCGAACUUUGAGAGCCAAGGUAGGUUAUCUGCGUGAGAGCCUCGCGACAUGGAAGAAGCUUAAUGGCACAGGUAUUGUACCUAUUUGGCCACCAAGCAAAGCCUGUAUUCAGUCAUGGGGAGCAUAGUUACAGAACGCACCUUCAGCUUUUCUAUCUUGUCGCGUUUCUGUCAUACUUUGUUAGUGUAUAUGGUUAUUCAACUGAAGAAAUGAUAUGUCGAUCAACCAAAUGAGGCUCGGUGGAGAAUGUAAUCCACUUACUAUAUAUCCAAACUAACA